AUGACCACCGUGGCCAGACCAACUUGGGCACCUGCUAAAGGUGGAAAUGAACAAGGCGGUACUCGAAUUUUCAGUCCUUCCCAGAAGUACUCCUCAAGAGACAUAGCCUCUCACACCACUCUCAAACCCAUGAAAGACGGCCAGGAUACACAAGAUGAAUUAAAGAGAAGAAACCUACGCGAUGAACUGGAUGAACGUGAAAGGAGACACUUCUCAUCAAAAAACAAGUUUUAUAAUGAUGACAGAGAUCAUGGAAAGGGUAAUCAUCUAUUUCUGGAAGGAACAAAAAGAGAUUUCGAAGACCACAUUGUUCCAUGCAAUGUUGAUGCAGAUGAUUCGAAUGUUGAAGUCAACAACGAUGACGAAAGUGAUGAUGACGAUGAGGAUGACACUGAAGCUUUGCUGGCUGAGCUUGAACCAAAUAAAGAAGGAAAGGGUAGAGGAAAAGCUGUGCAAGGAACGGCAACAACAAGAGGAAGAUCUUAA